AUGACUGCAAUCGUCCAACUGCCCACAUGGGAGGCUCACAGCCAUCCGCAGACAAUAAUUGGCAAGCGUUCACUGGUUUCACCGGAUCUGGAGGAAUUUCGAGGCAUCCCAUACGGCACAGUCAAUGCGCGUUGGGAACACUCGCAUCUACGUACUCGCUUACCAAGGGAUGUUUUUGACGCGACAAAAAAUGGGCCCAAGUGUCCCCAGCCGUCGGAACCAAACAACUCGCGCACGUUUCAGUCCUACCUCCCGUUCCCCGACGAUGGUGAAUCCGAAUUCGAUUGUCUGAAUCUUUUCAUCAUUCGCCCCAGCGCUGACGCUUUGAGUCGGCAUGGAUUCGAUCCCGUGACGUCUCGGCUUCCUGUCUUGGUUUGGAUUCAUGGCGGAGGAUUGGCCUUUGGCGCUGCAACAGACCCGAUGUGGGGUGUGAAUUUUGGCCUGCGAGAUCAAAAAAUUGCCCUACAUUGGGUCUCCCACAACAUUGGUGCCUUUGGGGGCGACUCCGGCAAGGUGACAAUUGGUGGACAGAGCGCUGGCUCAUUCUCCGUCAACAUUCAUCUGAUCGAGGCCGAAGGGAAGACGGAAUCCCCGCUGUUCCGACGAGCCAUCAUGCAAUCUGGAGCCGUGGGAACGCUUGGCCCAGUCCCAUUGGAAGAAGCCGAAAAAACUUGGUCUGCUCUGUGUAAAAUCUGGAACGUGGACAGUGAAGCCAGUGAGCAGGAUAGGUUUGACCUAAUCCGGAGGCUUCCUGCUACAGCUUUGGUUGAGGCGUCAUGGAAACUUGGCCUUUGGCGAAUUCCAUCGGUAUUUGACAACUUCACCAUCUUCCAGGACGAUUCCGUUCAAGAAAGAACAAUGGUCGAUCUAGGUCCAGUGGAUUUCACGAAUAGGCCAUCUCGAUUUCCGCAGCUGCGCGCUGACAUACUAAUGGGCUUCACAGGCAACGAGAUGAGCAUAUCUAGAGGACUACCUCUCAACUGGGACCAAAUUCAGUCUAUAUUCACUCAGACUUACACGGAUCCUAAUGCACGGUCUGAGAUCAUGCGCGUAUACGGUCUUACCGAGUCCUCAUCUGAAGAAAACCUGGCUCAAGGCUUGUACACAUUUCUCAAUGACUCCAUGUUUGAGGGAUCAGUCGACUUGGCCAGGACUUCAUUCAGGAAUCGCCGUCGCGUGACAGGCCAUCCUGAGGUAAAGAGUGUGCACAGCUACUUUGUGGAAUUUGGUAACCCUUUUCCUGGGCCUAGUCAAGGCAUGUCCCACCACUGCGUGGAUCUGAUUUAUCUAUUCGAGGCCUUUCACGAUGCUCUUACCCUGGCUGACGAGGGCAUUUUGAGACCAUAUCAGGAACCUACCAGUUUGGUCCGGGGUGGGAAGGGCGAUUCGACAAGUACUGUGCCCGAUUCCGAGGUCAAGCCACGGUCUGAAAAGGACGAAGGAACUCCAGAAACCGUGAAAGAGACUGGCAAGAAGCGCACUCAUCUCGAACUAUGCCGUACUCUCCAGGAUCACUGGAUCGAUUUUAUUGUACUCGAUGAUUUUGCACCUGGAAGCAGUGUGGACGAGAUCACGGUCUUUGGUGAGGACCUGGCGACAAGGGUCGAAAGUAUUGAUGGGCCAGCCUGGAAACACAGGCGUGAGCGUUGGGACUUGGUGGCGCAGAACCUCCCGGCGAUGAACCAGACUCGAGAUAUGAUACUGGACUUUCGAGCUUCUUGA